ACUUACUUCAUGUUUCGCUGGGGAUGGACGUUUCAGUACACCGUUUAGCAAAACAUGACAACGAGACGCUUCUAAAAAUCUAAACAUUUAAUAAUAUAUUACAUAGCUAUCAGACUGGGUUAUGCAAUAAGCCACUUACGUUGGAAGUAUUCGCGCUCCUGGUAUUAUAUCAAAGAUUUAUGCAUUGUUGUAGCAAUAUCUUUUGAGAAAUUUGUCUAACCCGUAACUGCAACAAUUCAACUCCUGGCAAUCAGAAAUGUCACAGGCGAGUCAGCACGGGAAAUGGACACUCUCCAGCAGCGAUGACGACAACGAUGACCCACUCCCUUCUGCCUCAAACAACAACAACAGCCCUCUGUUGUUUGGCAGCCCCCCGCCUGACCAACACACAUCUUCAGACUCUAACCACAACCCGCCCAAGAUAGCCUCCAACUUCCACCAACCCAAACAUGAUCCUGAUCCUCCACCUUCCAUAGAGGUGAAACCUGAACCUAAAUCUGACACAGUGACUGCUGUCCCCCCCCUCUCUAUUGGCUCUGAGGCCAGACAGGCAUCCCAGGCCAGCCAAUUGAAGCCAGUAAAGUAUGAAUCCAACCAAUCCAGACCCUUUCUGGCUGGUAAGAGGAAGAAGGAUGAUGAUUCAAUUUCCGGCUGGGCUCUCUCGGACAGUGAUGAUGAUGAUGAUGAUGAUAAGGCUAAAGGUCAAAGUUCAGGACAGAAAGACCCGCCACCCAAGAGGUCGAGCCCCAAGCUGAAGAAGGCAAAGGUGGAGGAAAGGCCUCCCAGCCCCCAUGGCAGAACCUACUACAUAGACGAACCAGAUGACUUCUUUGAGACUAGUGUGCCUCCUGUCAAUGACACCUACAGGUUCUACCUCAACAAGGUCACAGGGCUGGAGAAGAGGUACAACACUGGGGCUCUGCACAUCAAAGAAAUCCUCUCUCCUUUGUUCGGGACACUGAAGGAAUCUGUGCAGUUCAACUACUGCUUUGACAUUGCCUGGAUGUUGCAGCAGUACCCACCUGAGUUCAGAGACAAGCCUGUUCUGAUUGUCCACGGAGACAAGAGAGAGGCCAAGGCCCGUCUGCUCCAGCAAGCCCAGCCGUACAGUCAAGUCCGCUUCUGCCAGGCCAAACUGGAUAUUGCUUUCGGAACACACCACACGAAGAUGAUGUUGCUGUGGUACGAGGAAGGCUUCAGAGUGGUCAUCCUUACCUCCAACAUGAUCAGAGCAGACUGGUACCAGAAAACACAGGGGUUGUGGAUGAGUCCUCUGUAUUUACGGUUACCCAAAGGGAGUCCAGAGACAGCGGGGGAGUCUCCCACCCUUUUCAAGCGGGACCUCCUGGAGUACCUGGGGGCCUAUCGUGCCCCCGAAAUCACAGACUGGAUCCAGAGGAUCAGAGAGCAUGACCUGUCUGAGACCAGGGUGUAUCUGAUAGGUUCCACUCCAGGGAGGUACUUGGGCUCAGACAUGGAGAGAUGGGGUCACCUGAGGUUGAGAAAACUGUUGCACGACCACACACGGCCCAUCCCCAACGAAGAGAAGUGGCCUGUCAUUGGUCAGUUCUCCAGCAUCGGCUCCAUGGGGGUGGACAAGACCAAGUGGCUGGCAGGGGAGUUCCAGCGCACUCUGACCACCCUGGGCAAAUCGUCUCUUCGCCCAGAUCCCCCCAUGCACUUGAUCUACCCGUCAGUGGACGAUGUGAGGACCAGUCUGGAGGGGUAUCCAGCCGGUGGCUCUCUACCCUACAGCAUCCAGACUGCUCAGAAACAACUCUGGCUCCACAGCUACUUCCAUCGCUGGCAAGCUGAGACGACGGGGAGGAGUCACGCCAUGCCGCACAUCAAGACCUACAUGAGAGCUUCGCCAGACUUCACACAACUAGCCUGGUUCCUUGUCACAAGUGCUAACUUGUCCAAAGCAGCGUGGGGGGCUCUGGAGAAGAACAAAACGCAGGUGAUGGUUCGGUCAUACGAACUGGGAGUCCUCUAUGUGCCCUCUGCCUUCAGCAUGAGUACCUUUCCCGUCCAGAUGGAUGUGUUUCCUGCCACCACGUCCUCUACCUCAUUUCCUGUGCCCUUCGACCUGCCACCCAAACGCUACUCGAGUAAAGAUGGACAGGAGAGGGAGUUUAUCAUGGAGUCCCCUGACUGAAAGAGGUUGAUACAGAUCUCUGAACUGGGAGAGUCCUUGCGCCCGACAUUAAAAUUAUACAAGACAUCUAUUACUUUUCAUUGUCUUUUGUUAUUAUUGAAUUGAAUGGUGGGAGGAAGGACCCUGUGUAUUCUUUAAACAUGUCAGGGAACUGUCUUAUAUGGAGCACAGUAUGAAGGGAUGACGGCUAACAUGUACCACCAGACAAAAUGCUGAUAGGUACAGUAUCUGUAUCGGCUGUGAAUGGCAAUAGAAGAUGAAAGACAAGCGUAAUAUUUGCACAUUGUUAUAUUAGCAGAACACCGCUUUUUUUUAUUCUACGUGGAUCUGUUACACUUGAAAUUUAUCAAAACACUUUGUUUAGAAUAUCUACAUAACUUCAGCAAUUGCACUCUUCUCAUCUUCCUCUGUAGGCUAAUGAGCGAUUCAAAGCUUCCUCCUGGUGGAAGCUUGGCCAGUAGCUAAAGAGUGGUAUGAGAAGAGUUCCAUCUUCCUGCAUCUCACAUCUGCCUGUAUUUAUUGAACUCUGCCUGCUGAACCAAUGGGUUGAGGCAAACUGUCAUAUUGUAGGUCCAGCCCUAAUUUAUGUGCUAACCAGGAGCUGCAUGGCAAAUGGUCCAGGAACACAAGGAAAGCACAAAGGACAAUGCCCAAGGACUAGUUAGCCCUUCCCCCUCUGAGGGGACAAAAUAAAUCUCUGUUACAGUAUCCAGAGGACUGACUAUUGAAUGUGUGACAGAAUAAUACUAUAGUAUCCAUGUUUGGUAUCCAUCUGAAACUUGUUCACUGGGGAUAACUCUGAUGCUACCUACAGUGCAUUCGGAAAGUAUUCAGACCACUUCCCUUUUCCACAUUUUGUUACGUUACAGCCUUAUUCUAAAAU